AUGGAGCACCCAAACGCCUCUGGACCUUCAACCCUAUCACGCAGACUGUCAGGAUCUCGUUCUCUACGUUAUUCCCGACGUCCUCCCAACUCCAGGGCCUAUCGUGUAGUUCACUGCCUGACCACCUCGCUAAUCCUACUAACCGUCUUGGCCAGCGCUCUGUGCCUCAUCGCCUGGCUCACGCUCCAUCCCCACCCUCCUGUAUUCAGAGUCAACUCUCUCGCUGUGUCCGGAUUCAACAUCUCGAGCCCUCAGUUCACCCCCAGAUAUGAUCUUGAACUCGUCAUCACAAACCCGAACAAGAAGACGGUCCUCCUGAUUGACCAGUUUGGCUUUCUCGUUUCCUACAGGGGCAUCCCGCUCCUUAGGAGGGCCAUGGAUUCAACGAACGUACAGAUACUAGGCAACCGGAGUUCAGAGGUCGAGUUCGAGUUGGAUGUGCAGAAGCUGAACGACAAGAAGAGACGGAAGGUCCUUAGGGACAUCAGAGGGGAUUGGAGCAGAAGGGUGGUGAGCUUUCUGGUGAAGGUGGAUAUGAGGGUGGAGUUCAGAGCUGGGAGGUGGCUGAGCAGGCAGAGGUCGGUGGAGGCCUCUUGUAAGGAUCUGAGCGUUGAGUUUUUGCCUGGCAAGGAGACGGGGAAGCUCCCUGAUGGAGGGAGAAUCUGCUCUGUUUAUUGA